CACACCAUGCCGCCAAAACACUAACACGGUAGUCUAGAAUAACUUUCUGCUCAGAAAAUAAAGGCAGUAGAAACAGUGAUAGUGGACUUUGUUGUAUGUUAUUUAAGGAUCUGUAUGCUGGCCAGGCUCUGGUAUCGUGUCACCGACUGGCUCUCGGUAGCAGAGCGUGGGAUUCGAUCACGCUAACCGUGUUGGCUCAAUUUUGAGACACCCGCGGGUCCAGACCAAGGGAGGAAACAUAUGGAGCAGGAAGGCACGAGUGAGGACCUCUCUCUUACACAUGAGGAAGCAUCUGAUGAGAGGAACACAGCACAACAAUCAAAACAAGAGCCCAUGGAUGCCCCUGAUUCAGUACAAGGACAAGAGCAGCCAUCCGAACAGUUGUCAGAUUUAACCUGCAGGUCACAGGGACGACAACGAAAGAAAAAUCCCAAAUAUUUUGAUUAUGUAACUGAUGAGAAAGUCACACAAAGUCCCGGACAGAAACGACUCAGAAGGACCUCAGUUCAAAAAAGCCUUGAAGAAGGGGAAACUUCUGGGAAGAGUCCGGCAAAGAGAAGAAAAUCUAUGAAGGCAGCGGAAGCAAAGACAGAUGGAGACAAAGAAGCAACCGACAACAACCCCCAGUCUGUUGAUGAAACAACCCAGGAAACCCCUAAAAAGACAGUAGGAACCAAGAAGACUCCAGCAAAAAGGACUCCUGCCAAAAAGACUCCUGCAAAGAAAAAUAUCCCCACAAAAGUUGACCUUUCAUUAGCAGAAGGUCCGGGUGCAGAAACAGGGAUACAGGAAAAGGAGACACCAAAGCCAAAGAGGAAGUAUGUGAGAAGGAAAACCAUACAGGAAGGAGCACCAGUUGAAACUUCGGCACCUCAGGAGCAUCAGGAGGAAAACCCCAUUGAACCUGCAGAUGAGACCACACCUGGUGGGCGCCCCAGGAGAGUUGCUGCUAAAGCGGCACUGAAGUAUCUUCAUUCCCUGGCAAAAGAGGUGUUCACGCAUUGCAGUGAUGAUGUGGGAUCCCAGCCAGGGGCAAAUGGUGAGGGAUCCAGUCCAGACUCAGGCCCAAGACAGAAAGGUCCUAAGGGCGGCAAAGGAAGUAGACGCCAAAAGAGGACGUUCAUGGACUUUGACAGUGCUGAUUCUGCAGAAGAUGAGGAUUUUCUACCAGAUGGUGAAGAAGAGGAUAUGGAAGGAGAAGAGGCACAGGACUCAGACUCUGACUCAGACUUGGAGCCAGCUGGAAAAAGUCCAGGAGCUUCACACUUCCACAGGAACAUUGGUCAGAAAAAAAUGAAUGGUAAAGCUCCCAAUGGACUCACCCUCAACGUCAUGCAAACUGUCAAGGAAUCAAUUGAAUCAAGCAAGAAAUUUCUGGAAGAGCACUGCAGCAGCUGGGUGUUCCCAGAAUGGGUCCCUUCCAUCAAUGCUUGGCACCUUGUACCAAGCUGUGAUUUGGAGAAAUACCUACCUCAGGAGCUCCAGUCUGUUGCUUUCAAAGUCUCCAGAGAAGGCCUCCGCAAUGAAGAGACGCUUCUGCAAAGACUCAACAGGUUUGAGUCGGUGGCCCCCCACCCGCAGCGCUGGGAUAUGUUCCUGUAUGCAGGCGGGCCAGUCUGGGCCAUGGAGUGGUGUCCAUCACCAGACGAUGCCACAGCUAAACAGUACGUAGCUCUGGCCUGCCAUCGAGGGAUGGACGACCAGCACUUUGCCAACAAGAAGUACACCGAGCCUGGACUUAUCCAGCUGUGGGACCUGGGCAAGUUGGAAUAUGACAACAGCCCUGAAUCCAAGCCAGUCCUGGCCUAUGGCUUGGCCCAGGACAAAGGCUUCAUUUGGCACCUCAAGUGGUGCCCCGCAGGAGCGUGGGAGCUUCCCAGCUGCAGCCGAAAGGCUCCUUUCAUGCCUAGACUGGGUCUUCUGGCAGCAGCUACCUCCACAGGCGUGGUCACCAUCUACAGUCUGCCCCAUCCUGAUGCCCUGCUCAACAACAAGAAGCUCCCUGACUCUGGAGAAGGCAGCCAACAGCCGCUCAUAUACAAGGCUGAAGGAGUGAUUACGCUGAAACUGGGUUCCUUCAAAGCCCCGCACCAUGAAAGGAGUGGACAAAUCAUGUCUAUGGACUGGUUGCCUGAGAAACCGCACAAUGUAAUGGCUAUUGGAUUCUAUGACGGCAUAGUUGGUCUGUGGGAUUUGUCCACUAAGUCUUUGCUGUUGCGUGUGCGAGAGCCAGACCGCUCAAUGACCCUGCUGCCCUAUAAAUGUUUCCUGGCCCAUGACAAUGCCGUGCGAGCCAUGGCCUUCUGUGCCGCUUCCAGACAUCUGUUGGUGACAGCAGGAGAUGACCGCAUGGUGAAGACGUGGGAUCUCAGAAGGGCCUAUUCGCCGCUCACUGCUCAGAAACGCUACCUGACCACUGAGGUCUAUUGGCCUUUAAGUUCAUCUGGCAUCCUUCUGUCCCAGGAGGCUGCCUUCGCAACGUGUGGUUUGAAUGGAGUCCAUUACUUUGACCUGGGCUACCAUAACCAGCGCUCGAUCUUUCUGGUUCCCAGGAGCGGCACUAUGUGGUCCAUAUCUUUCACUGAUUGGAUGAACGCGUUGUUGACAUCAGACACCCUCGGUGAGGUGAUCUUUGCGCUGUUGCCGAUGAUGAACGUUGCUCCCCAGUUCAACAAGCGGCCGAUAGAAAGACGCUUUCCGGUCUUCUUCACAGACAUGGUGCCUUAUGAUGCAAAUACUGCCAAAGCAGGAAACCAAGAGAUGGAGGGCUUAGAGCAGGAGGGAGAUGUGGUGGAAAAGAAGAAAGGAAAAGAUCCAGAAGGGGUGGAUGCUGGAGCUGAAGGGGACAAAGAGAGCGGUAAUGGGAAAGAAGGAGAGGGAGAAGGAGCAGGAGAGAGUGGAAGCCUCCCUCCAUCACCCCAGACAUACAGAGAGGCUGUGAAGAAGUACUACCUUCACUACACUGACAGCGAUAUGCGGCACUUCAAAAAUUCCCAAAGGCGGGCGCCAUGGGAACGCAUGAAAGCCACUGAGGUGAAGUCUCGGGUCAGCAUGGACGUGCUGCCCGUGGGUGCACUGCAUAAGGUGCGUUUCAACCCCAACAUGAGCUGCCACACCUGGCUGGUGUCUGCAGGCCAGGCGGGGCUCGUCAGAGUCCACUGUCUGCAGGGCAUGAACACCUCCAACAUCCAGAUGAUGGUCAGCAAGAAUCAGGCCCAGUUCAACGCACUUUAUUCACCAGAGGACCAGCUAUAGCACGACUUCAACACCACCACACGACUGAUGGCUCCAAAUCGUCACACUACAGCUGUGGAUCGGGCUGGUCGCUGCUGUCGGACAAGAAGAACACUUACAGGAACUGCAAAAAACUGUGUGAAGACUGAUGGCCCAGUUUCUCAUGUGUGUAUUCUUCUUGUUACAGUGAGGGUUUUCUGAGGGCAUGACAUUUCUGCAAAAUUAGCUCCAAAUUACCAAUACAUCAAUGCCUCUGGAUGUCCAGUUUCAGUGCCGAGGCCAUUAAGCUUCCAUUAGGAGGAGAUCAGACUAACGGGCAGCUUUAGAUAGAGUUUCCUGCUGUAACCUCAGCGUCUUUGAGGCUGAGCGUACUGACAGCAGCCACCCGGAACCUGACUGCCUUGUAAAGUGUCUCCUUGACGUCCUCCAUCUGUCAGCUCGCACUGGCAAAUGACAAUCAACCGUGUUAAUGGUGGCAGUUUUUAAUUUUUCAACCCUGAGAGCUGCCCAGUGUAAGCACUGUGGGUGACUUAGCAGCUCUGGAGGAGUUUGGGUUCAAGUGCCUUGCUGAAGGGCAUCUCACUGCUAGUUGCUUGAGUGUAAUGAGUGUAAUGCUGUGUUCAAAGACUGAAAAACUGUUCCGUUAAGGGUAAUAACAAAUAGGACAGGUGACAUAUCCUGCUUGGUGAAUUCAACUUCACAUUCCCUUUUUUUUUUUCCCUCGCAAAUUUUCUCAGUCAGCGCGGGGAUUUGUACCAGCAACCUCACCGGCCACAGGAUAUAAGCAAUGAAGGACUGAGUUGUGAGAUGUGAGAAUUUUUCUAAAUGUCACCCCUGGAGUCUUUCUCAUGUUACACUCCAGACAAAAUGCUGUAUCAGUGAUUUUAACAAAAAAAAAAUGGAUCUCGAUGUCGACAUGACUUUUUGUGUCAGAUGUGUGCAUAUGGAGUCUGUUGACACACCACUUAUGUUUUUAUAGCCCUCAGUUCCUUUGUGGUUUUAUACCUCUAGCUCUUCUUGCUGCUAUAUAUGUAAAAUUAGUUUAAUUAUCAUUAUUUUUUUCACUUUUAUCUUGUUUAAAAAUACUCAGGCUAGAACUGAGGGUGAAUACUUGAAAUUUUUUUUACUGUAAUUCUGCUUGUAAGUUUAUUCUAAUGUGAAGAAUUUUAAGAGCUCUUAUUUUGCUUUUCCAUUUAUCUAUAUUUUAUAUCUGAUUCUAAAUUAUUUGAGCGGUAGGUGUGCACAAUAUUUUACAACAAAAGGUUUCUUAGUUUUUCAUGGCUUUAUAAUUUUUUCAGUGCCUAGAAAGCAGUAAAACAAAAUGUAACCACUGAGGCAAGCUAACACGUUAAAAUAGUCUUAAUUGGACAACAGUCCUUUGUUUAGAGGUUUGGGAAAUGCAGUAAUCAGUAUUUCUGGCUUUGACCGUUUUGAUUUUAUUGCGUAGCUCUCGUAGGUGUUAACAAAACCCAGUGACAUGUUGGAAUCAUAAAAUACACCUGCUUCCCUUUGUAUUUUUUUUUUUUUUUUUUGCUCAGAUUUGCUGUUACUAAAAUAUUAAAAAUUCUCAAAUUGUUUUCAUAACACAAAUGUUUCAAUAAAUAAUAUUUCAGGGUG